AUGAGAUAUCCCGUAAAAUUGCCGCGGCCGUUGAUAUCCCUCAGGUCGAGCCUGAGAGCUUCGCGGCGCCCUCCAGCCUCAGCAACUCGACUUGACCGCAGCUUCUUCACGCAGUCAAAACGCCAAAAGAGACAGCAGCCAACCAGCUUACCAGCCACAGUCCUUGCUCUGGGUCUCUUCACGUGGUGGCUGUAUCCAACAGAGGACUUUGCUCGCCUAUCCGAAAGUCAAAAAGCCAAGCGGAGGAGAAGAGCGGAAGAGGAAGAGGAAGAAGGUGAUGACGAGACCGAAGAUCAGGAGUCCUAUCAGCUCGUGACGGAGAAAACUGACGACGGUGCCUGGGCGUACUUUGCACGGCAGUUUGAGUUCUUCUCUUCAGCGGCCGAGCUGGAAUGGGCUGCUCUGUCUGAUCGGCUGGUUGAUGCCAUUAUCCCGGAGUGGUGGAAAAACAUACCCAUUUACGUGAGGAAGCUCCAGCGGGAGCUAUCUGCGUCUCCGGGAUCGCUAGCGGAGGAGAUAUGGCAGGAGGCUCAUGACCCUGACAUCAACCCCGAGAUACAAUACUCUGCUGCUGUUCGAGUCUCGACGGAACUGUGCGACGAAGAGAAGGAAUACCUCUCCAGGCGGAGACUCGUCACGAGGGCGGCAUUGGCAAACUAUCUGGGGCUGGACGAGCAGGACAUUCACCCCGAUGAUGUGCCAACAAUUGCCAUGUGCGGAUCGGGAGGCGGCAUGCGAGCUCUGAUAGCAGGGACUGGAUCGAUGUAUGCGACAGACGAGGACGGGCUCUUUGACUGCGUCACUUAUACCGCUGGUGUAAGUGGGACCUGCUGGCUUCAGAUGCUUUACCUCUCGUCCUUUGCGAGAGGAAGCGUCAGCGCUCUCAUACAUCACUUGAAAGCAAGAGCAUCUACGCACAUAGCCUAUCCACCGGUGGCCUUUCAAUCCCUGACCUCACUACCGACAAGCAAAUUUCUAUUGAGCGGACUGGUUGAAAAGCUCAAGGGAGAUCCCCAUGCCGACUUUGGGCUCGUCGACAUUUACGGCCUUUUGCUGGGCGCCAGAUACUUGAUCCCUAGGGGCGAACUGGGCGUCGAUGCAAGAGACUUUAAGCUGUCGAAUCAGCGCCUCUAUAUACGACAGGGACAACGUCCGCUUCCCAUAUAUACAGUUGUGCGCCACGAAAUCCCGGCUGAGGAGCCCCAGGACACCAGCGAUACCACGGUACCCACGGUGGAAGAGAUGAGAAAGGAACCCUACUUCCAGUGGUUCGAGCUCACGCCCUACGAGUUCUUUUGCGAAGAGUUUUCGGCGGGAAUCCCGACAUGGGCGCUCGGCAGACGCUUUUCUAAUGGACACGACGUAUCGGAUCAUGGUUUUCACCUGCCAGAGAUCAGGACCCCCCUACUCAUGGGUAUCUUUGGGAGCGCGUUCUGCGCGACACUCAGCCACUACUAUCGCGAGAUUAGACCACUUAUUAGAACAAUUACCGGCUUUCAGACGAUAGACGACCUGGUGUCAGGCAGAAACGAGGAUCUUAGCAAAGUACACCCUAUAGACCCCGCCAUUAUCCCCAACUUUGCAUAUCAGAUGUACGGCAAGCUGCCCAGCACCACGCCAAGGAGCAUCCUGGAAGGGGAGUACAUCCAGCUCAUGGAUGCGGGAAUGUCCAACAACUUGCCCAUAUAUCCACUGCUGCGGCCGGGUCGCAACGUGGACAUUCUCAUCGCAUUUGAUGCCUCGGCCGACAUCAAGACGGACAACUGGCUUUCCGUUGCGGAUGGCUACGCGCGGCAACGAGGCAUCAAAGGAUGGCCGGUGGGCAUCGGGUGGCCAAAGGACGAAACGCCUGAGCAGGCGAGAAAAGAGCUGGAGGAAGCCCAGGCGGCAACAGCAGCCGAAGCGGAGCGGAAAGUGGAAGAAGCUCGGGCUGAGCAGGAAGAACGCCGAAAGGCCUCUUCAGACGACCAGAAGAAGCUCGACGUUGAGUCCAAGUUUUCCCCGGGCAGCGAAAAGGCAGGGGAGCUCGGCUACUGCUCCGUAUGGAUUGGGACGACGGAGGAGCGAUCCACGGAUUCGCCGCCCAUCACCAAGCCCAUCACGGACGACACGUCGUGGAGGCUGAUGGAGCCUGACGCGGGCCUCGCCGUCAUCUAUCUCCCGCUUCUCUCCAACGAAAAGGUGCCCGGCAUCUCGCCCGGCACCACGGACUUUUUGAGCACGUGGAACUUUGUGUAUACCCCUGAGCAGAUAGACAGCGUCGUUCAGCUUGCGCGCGCCAACUACGACGAGGGAAAGGAGCAGAUCAGGGCUACCGUGCGGGCUGUGUACGAGCGCAAGAAGCAGCUGCGGGUGCAGGGCGAGACGAGGCGUCUGAUGGUUAAGGGGGAGGCGGAUCUGCUUCAUCAUGGGGAUCAGUUUAGCUAG